CCCCGCCUACCCACCUCCUCUCCUUCCCCCUCCCCGGUCCUCGCCUCUCUCCCUCUCCUAGCCCGCUGGGUGCUGAAGUUGGGCGGAUGGCAGCGAACCGGCUCGGAUAGAGGACGGAGCAGCCCAGCCUCGCACCCUCGGACCCUCGGUGCGCUGCGCACACCUCCAGGCGACUGGAUUGAAAGAAGGAGCAUGGCUGCUCUGAAAAGGAGUUUGGUGAAUCUCAAAGUGAACGCGUCACAUAGAUGAAAGUGCUUUCCGUCCUAUCCCAAGCACACUCUGGCCACUGUGUUGAGAACAGAAUGGAAUGGAACGGGAAUGGCAAGACAUGGGGAGUGGUAGAAAUCGAAGGAGUGGAGGCCUCACAUUUGCUGAUCUGCUGACAUGGGAUACAGAUAAAAUAGAGGAAUCACAGAUGAGUCCAAGGCCUUUCAUCUGAAAACUUAGAAGGCCAGUUGGGUCCGGAAGUAGCUGACAUGCGAAAAAGACAGCAAUCACAAAAUGAAGGAACACCUGCUGUGUCCCAGGCUCCAGGGAACCAGAGGCCCAACAAUACGUGCUGCUUCUGCUGGUGCUGCUGCUGUAGCUGCUCCUGCCUCACCGUUAGGAAUGAAGAAAGAGGAGAAACCGCAGGAAGACCCAUACAUACCACAAAAAUGGAGAGUAUCCAGGUCCUGGAGGAGAGCAGCCAAAGCCCCACUGCAGAGGAAGUCUUAUCCUGGUCUCAAAAUUUCGACAAAAUGAUGAAGGCCCCCGCAGGAAGAAACCUUUUCCGGGAAUUCCUCCGAACAGAGUACAGUGAAGAGAAUCUGCUUUUCUGGCUUGCCUGUGAAGAUUUAAAGAAGGAGCAGAACAAAAAAGUAAUAGAAGAAAAAGCCAGAAUGAUAUAUGAAGAUUACAUUUCUAUUCUAUCACCGAAAGAGGUCAGUCUCGAUUCUCGAGUUAGAGAGGUCAUCAAUAGAAAUCUGUUGGAUCCUAACCCUCACAUGUACGAAGAUGCCCAACUUCAGAUAUAUACCUUAAUGCACAGAGAUUCUUUUCCAAGGUUUUUGAACUCUCAGAUUUAUAAGUCAUUUGUUGAAAGUACUGCCAGCUCUUCUUCUGAAUCAUAAUUUUUAUUUUAAAAAAUCAUUUCAGAGGGCUGGGAAGGGAAACAGAAAUAGUUACAUAACAUCAAAAAUUAAGUUCCUGGAGGACUCCAGUUUUAGCAUUCCUCAGGCUACUGUGAAAAUAUUACCAUCAUGGUCUUUGUCUCCAUUUUUAUCAAGGUUAUCCGUUAUUGAGUUUGGAGAAAAUACAACAUAAAACAAAGAAUUGCCAAAUUAAGUUUGUUUUAUUCAACACUCAUGCUACUUGCAAACCAACUGUAUUUGUAGGCCUACAGUCUCGUAGUGUAUCUCCAGAGACUGCAUGUGCGAAGUAAAACUGCUUCAUUUGCCACAUAGUUAUUGUACUAUUUAAUCAAAUAGCAUAACUUAUAUCUGUAUUUAAGAACUUUUGUGCAAUAUAGUCUUACUAAAUAAUUGCCAAAACUUGGCUGUUGUUUGCAUUUUUUAAACAUCUGAAGCAGAAAAAAGGCAGUUUUUAAAAUGUAACAAUAGUAUUCAACAUGCUAUAUACUGUGUUUAGUACACUAAUUUUGAAGCCAAUAUUUCUGUAUAUGAAAAAAGAGCUAUUUAUCUGUUUGUUGGAAAAUUCCAAGGAAAGAUUCCUCUGGUUGUUCACUGCCAAUACUGUGGCAUUUUCAUAACAGAAGACUUUGCUCUGUUAAAAAUAAAAAAAAGAAAACAAAAAAAAAGCACAAAACAAUUUGAAGAUAUCCUAGCUCAAUGACAAAUCAAAGAGUGGUAUUGUUUUUAAUUGUAAUAGAAAAUGAAUCUAUGUAUAUAUCAUAUGUCCCAUACUGUAACUAAUUUAUUAAAAACUGGCUCUCCAGUUCUGUGAUGGUUGUGUAAAGUUAUGUACUUCAGCAAGAAAAAAAUAAGCUUGAUAACUUAGUUUUGGAAUCUAAAGAAAAGGAUUUAAUAAAGGAAUGCCUAUAUGUAGCACUGUAAAACAUUUUGAAGAAUAGGAUCUGUCCUGUGCUUGAAAGUAAAAUCCAGUGAAAAGCUAAGUUUUGCUAUGAAAAGUUUUGUAAAAAGAUUACUUGUGAAGAAGAUAAUUCUCUACUUCAGACCUUAACUGUUUUCACAUAGUAUCUUUAAAAUAACUUAUUUUAAAAAUGUUCAAACCAAACUGUUCAUUCUCAUCCAUAAUGAAAAGGCAGUACAGUGCUCAAAUCUUUUAGCUGCCAUAUUAUUUUUAUAAUUACACUAACUCUUUAAAAAUACUACUUGCCUGACAUUGGCUUGUACUUCUGAUAUUCAAGAAAACAAUGUCCUAUUGUGCACAAAAUAAUAAUAAUGAUAAUAAUUAGUGUCAUAUUUAUAUCAAGGUGUAACAUUUGAAUAUUAAUAUCCCCUGAAUACUAUUUUUUUAAUCUUAAAGUGAAUAUAAUACUGAGAAAACUAAAAUGGAAGUUUUAAAAAGAUUUAUAU